UGGAAGACUUACUAUGGAUAUCUUGGAAUUGAUUAAUUUAAAACAUAAUCAUCACCGAACUAAUAAAGCUCGUCCUUAUUUAUGUACUUGGGAAGGAUGUGCAAAGGAGUUUGGGCGUCGUUCAGAUCUUGUUAGACACAAGAGAAUUCAUACGAAUGAGCGUCCUUAUUUAUGUAAUUAUCCAUGUUGUGGCAAAUCAUUUAUUCAGCGAUCAGCUUUAACUGUUCAUGAACGGGUUCAUACGGGUGAACGUCCGCAUGUUUGUGAAUGGCCGAAUUGUGGAAAAUGUUUUAGUGAUUCGAGUUCUUUAGCUCGUCAUCGUAGAAUUCAUACGGGAAAACGUCCAUAUGUCUGUGAAUAUCCAUCAUGUUUAAGAAGUUUUUGUCGCAAAACUACACUUACAAAACAUAUACGACGUACUCAUCAUAAUCGAUUAAAGUUGGAUGAAGCAGAUUCAAGCGCUUCAGGUUCAUCAUAUCCAUAUAUUUCACAGGAAUCAUCUCGUCCAUUUUUAAUAAAAAAUAUUCUUGAAAAUUCACAACAUUAUACAACACAAAUGUUAUCGUCUAUCUCUUUACCUCAGACAAAUUUAGCACAAUAUGAGCCAUUAACUCCUCAAUCAUCUGCUGUAAGAGACAUGGAUGAUGAUUUAGAUCAUAUAUCGCCUCAACCAAUUACAUAUAUACCUUCACAAUAUAAUUAUCUUUCAUAUUAUCCUUCGUCUUUUACGUUUAAUCAUACUAUGUCACCUUCUAUGUCAGUAUCUUCUCAAAAACCCCAAGAUGACUAUUUGUUCAAUUAUCAACAUGUUAUCAAUGCAAAUAUAUCGCCUUUACGUCAUGAAUAUCCAUCUCCUCAAUUGCAACUAAUUCAAGAAGAGACUUCUCUAUGGGAUUGGUCUAGAAAUCUUAACCACUUUAAAACAAUUUAAUACUUUGGUUUGAUCAUAAUCUCUACAGGUGAUACUCUUAUAACCUUUUUCUAAUAUUUUUUUUCGAAUUAUAAAAAACC